AGCAACAACCACGAACAACACCUCCGAUAUCUUAUUUUUGAUUUUUUAACAUCAUCAAACAGGAUGCAGGUGCCGAACAGACCAGUGGGAGCUUAUGGAUACUCCAUGCGUAAUUACGCACCAACGUCGCUCUAUCCGCAGUAUCAGGGCAGCCGGUGCGCGUCUUCACCGAAGCCUCAAAGUGGGAAAUCUUUCACCAUCGAUGCUCUGCUCGCCAAGCCGGAGGAGACGCCGAGCUGCCGGGCGAGUCCCACUCACCGUGGGGAGAAAUACCAUCAGCCAGCAGCAGCCCCGGUUCUGUCUCUCAAUGGACACGUAGGCCUACCGAUACCGACAGCACCUUACGUCUACUCCCCGAGCAUGUUGCACUCAGCGAUGCACACACAGCCUGGAUACUCAGUCUACUGCUGUCCGCCCUUCACCUACCAGACAUCGUGUCGUGGAGCAUUUUACGCACAAGCUUCCAUGUCCAAAGUGAACGCAGGACUUCAUUCCUUCAAAACCAAAGGUGGCAAAUCGAAACGCAUGCGCACUAGCUUCACCAGCGAGCAGCUCUCCCGGCUGGAGAAGGAGUUCGCACGGCAGCAGUACAUGGUCGGGUCAGAGAGGUUCCUCCUGGCUUCAUCUCUGCAGCUCACAGAAGCUCAGGUCAAAGUGUGGUUCCAGAACAGACGCAUCAAGUGGCGCAAACAGAGUCUGGAGCAGCAGCAGGCCAAGCUGGCCAAACUGGGCCUGGCUGCUCCACCAAAGAGUCCCGGAUCUCAGGGCCACGGGGACGAAGGAGACGAGGAUGAGGAGUUCUCUGACCUGGACGUGGACAUCGAUGUGUCCGAUGACUGCAUUGAUCACUGCUGAUCAAACU